GCGCUGUCGGAGAGCGAGGCGCGUCGUGCCGCGAUGGGGCCGGCGAUGGGGCCGGGGCGGCGGCUGCUGCUGGCGCUGCUGCUGGCGCUGCUGCUGGGGGGCUGCGGGGCGGCGGUGGCGAGCGGCCCCCACUCCUUGCGCUACUUCAUCACCGCCGUGACGGAGCCGAGCGCCAGGCUGCCCGCGUUCACGGCCGUGGGGUAUGUGGACGGAGAGACCUUCGUGCGCUACGACAGCGAGACGCGGAAGAUGGAGCCUCGCGUGGCCUGGAUGCGGCGGGAGAGUCAGCGGUACUGGCAUGAAGAGACCCAGAAGUUACAACACAACCAGCAGGUUCUCCGCACAAACCUGGACACGCUGCAGAAGCGCUACAACCAGAGCAGGGGGUAUCACACAAUACAAAUCGUGUACGGCUGCGACAUCCUGGAGGGCGGGGGGACGCGGGGGGUUGACCAGCACGCCUACGAUGGAAGGGACUUCAUCGCCAUAAACAAGGACUUGCAGACGUACAGUGCGGCGAAUGCCGGUGCUGAAAUCACCAAGAGGAAGUGGGAGGCUAAUGAGACCUUCAUUGACGGACAGAAGCGGUACCUGGAGAACACCUGUGUUGAGUGGCUGCGGAAGUACGUGGAGUACGGGAAGGCCACGCUGGAGAGGAGAGAGCGCCCCACUGUGAGGGUGUCCCGGAAGGAGAACCAAGACUUCCUGACCUUGUCGUGCCGGGCCCACGGCUUCUACCCGCGGCCCAUCACCAUCAGCUGGCUGAAAAAGGGCAGGGUCCAAGACCAGGAGACCAGGUGGGGCGGCAUCGUGCCCAACGGUGACGGCACCUACCACACCUCGGCCGCCAUCGACAUGCGCCCGGCAGAGGAGGAUGAGUACCGGUGCCGCGUGGAGCACGCCAGCAUGCCGGAGCCCGGCAUCUUCUCCUUGGAGCCGGAGAGCGGGAACCUGCUGUCCAUCAUCAUCGGCGUGGCUGUCGGUGUGCUCGCCAUCCUCAUUAUUUUCAUGGUCCUAUUACGUCGGAAGAAGAAAUCAGAAAGCACAUAGGCCUUUAAGCACUCCGCUUUGGUAAGCGACGGGCCGGACCCGGCAGCGCCCGUCUCCUCGCCGCAGCCCCUUCGCCGAGGCCCCUUCGCUCCCGUGGCCCUGGAGCAGCAGCCCCCGACGGCCCGAUGCCAGCUAAACCGACCCCGUUUGCACGCUUUGCUGCUCAGGGUGCAGGUUAGCCGGGGUGGGCUGGGGCUGGGUCGGGGGGAGCUUGGGGCCUCACGCUUUUGCCUCACUGCCACUUGGAUCUGCUCUUUGUGGCUGCAACGCACUAAAAAAAGCUGUGAAGGUGUCUGGAGCAGAGGUGCGCUCGGAGCCUUCUCCCCGCCUCGCUCCCUGCUUUGAUCCGGAGAAAAAAUUGUGGGUUUGAUCAGGAAACAAAUUACUCUCGGCUUCUGCUCUUUUUUUGGGAAAAAGCAUGUAAUUCUUUUCCAGCGCUUCCAGCUGCCCAGGUGCUGCUUUAGAGCAAACGUUUUACUUUAGUGAGUUGUGACUAAAUGAAGUUCAGAAAUUCCCUGCCAAGCGGCACAAUAAAUACCACUGGCCGCUCACGGUCUCCGCGUCCUCCAAGGCCCGGCCCCGUGGGGCAGCCCCCCGAGCGCUGGGGCAGCGCCUUAGCCGCGCUCAGGUGGGUCUCCCCCACGCCGCCGCCCCACGGAGCGAGGGUCCAGCUCGGGCUUUGACGUGGCUCAGGGCUGAAGCAGCGUCUCGCCCGGCGACGUCUCCUGGGAUCGCCGGAUGGCUUCGAGGGCGGAAGGACGCUCCGGAGAUCGUCCAGUCCGACCGCUCUGCUCCAGCGGCGUUACCUGGAGCGCGGCACCGCGUCCGGACGGCGGCUGAACGGCUCCGAGGAUGGCGACGCCGCCGCUCCCCGGAGAACCGGUUCCGCUCCUCAGCGAGGUGCCGGGGAAGGACGGCUGGAUCCAUCGUUCUCGUGUCGAGAAAUUACCCGCCGUCCGCAGGAGAGCGGGACCUGCCCCUGGAAGACGAAGCCACCUGUGGGAGGGCGGCCAAAGAGCUCGACGCGCGGGGGCCCAAACGCCCGGGGAAACGUCCGUUUCAGGGGGUCCCUCCUCAGAGUAGGCACCCGGCCCGAGCUGUGAUCCUCAUAAAAGCGUCUUAAAAUAAAAAAUUAAAUAAUAA